AUGUAAUGCUAAAAGAUUUAAAGAUAACUUUAAAAAUUGGACUAGUGGAAAUAAAGAUAUUGAUGAAUUUAUACAGCAAUCACAACUUAAUGCUGUAUAUCAUAAAAAAUAUCUUGAAUGGAUACCUUUUGAAAAAUUUCAAAAUAUCACUUAUAUUGCGGAAGGUGGUUUUGGUAAGAUUUAUUCAGCUGAAUGGCCUGAAGGAUAUAUUUGUACUUGGGAUAUUGAAAAUCAAAAAUGGUCUAGAUUCAAGAAUAAUAAAUAUGCAUUAAAAAGUUUGAAUAAUUCUUCUGAUAUAUGUUCAGAUUUUUUAAAUGAGAUUAAAUCUCAUCUUCAGAUUCAUCUUGUAGAUAUUAUUCAAUGUUUUGGAAUUACUCAAGAUCCAAAUAAUAAAGAUUAUAUGAUGGUUAUAGAAUAUUGUGAAGAUGGAAAUUUGAGAAAUUAUUUAAAUAAAUCUGAAAAUUAUAUAAAUUAUAAUUCAAAAAUUUAUAAAUUACAACAAAUUGCAAGAGGACUUUUAGAUAUUCAUAAUGCUGAAAAAGUUCACAAAGAUUUUCAUUCAGGCAAUAUAUUAAUAGCUUAUAGUUCUUCAUAUAUAAGUGAUUUAGGAAUGUGUCAACCAGCAAAUAUAAAGCAAACAGUUAAAGAAGAAGGAAUUUAUGGAGUAUUACCAUAUAUGGCACCAGAAGUUUUACGUGGACAACAAUAUACAAAAGCAGCAGAUAUUUACUCAUUUGGGAUAAUAAUGAACGAAUUUCUUUCUGAAGAAAUUCCUUUUAAUGAUAUUCCUCACAAUGAAUUUUUAGCUAUUAAAAUAUGUAAAGGACUUAGACCAACAAUUUCUAAAGACAUACCAAAGUUACUUGCAGAUUUGAUGGUAAAAUGUUGGGAUGCUGAAAUAAAAAAUAGACCAACCACUAAAGAGUUGUAUCAAACACUAAAUGGAUGGUAUAAUGGUGCCAAAGGUCAAAAUGGUGAAAUUUAUUUUCAAAUCAAAGAAUGUGAUAAAAUUAGAAAGGAAAAAUUCAAAAACAGGUCAAAUGAAGAUAAAUCCAAAAGCUUCAAAACGCAUCCACAAGCAGUUUAUACUAGUAGACUUUUAAAUUUCAAAAAUCUUCCAAAACCAGUAAAUUCUUCAGGUUUAUCAUCUUUUCAAUUCAGUUCAGAUACUAGUUAUACUGCUCAAUCAACAUCAGCAAAUCCAAGUAAGUAUUCCCUUUAUUAUUAUAAUUAUUUUAUUUAAAUUUACUAACAUUUAAAUACUAUAAAUUCAUAAUAUACAGUUUCAGAAUGCUUAGAUGUUCAAUUAAGUGAAUUAGAGCUAAAUGAAAUUUGUCAAGAUGGUGAAGAUAAUAUUGAAUGAAGUUUCUUUUUAUGUGAAAGUUAAAGUUAAAUAGUUUAAAUAUUAAUUCGUGUAUUGAAGUUAGUUUACUCCUAUUUUUUUUCAUUUAUACUUUAUAAAUUUUUAUAAUAUAUAGUACAUAUAGAUUUAACAGAUUUUAUAUUUAAGAAUAUUCUAUAUAAAUAAAGAUUUUAAACAUAAA